GGGGUGGGCGCCUCUCCGCCGCCCAUAAAAGGGUUUGGGAAAGGGGCCGGCCUUGGGGGGUUUAUUUUAGGAGCAGCAGCAGGAGCAGCAGCUCCAGGGAUCGGAUGGCCUUGUUAGGGCAGCGUUGACCUUUUUCUUGCUGCCGGAGCAAGAGGAGGAGGAGGAGGGAAGAAGCAGGGAGCAGCCGGGGGCACCCAGACCCCCUGGGACCCUGGAAAGGGAGGCUGCUGGCCUCGUCUGCACCACGAAGCCUGUCUGGGGCGCAUCUGAAGCGCGUUGGCUGGGCGGGUGGGUAGCAAGGGAGGGCAGGGGCUGGGUGGGAAGCAGAGAGAGAGGGAGAGAGAUCAGGGAGUCCUUUCUGGGGCUAGUUUGGCCCAGGAGCCGCUCCAAGAGGGUAUUUGGGGCAGGCAGGGAAGGAGGGAGAGAGAGAGGGCCAUGUAGGUUGCUUGAGGUCACAGCCUUCCUGCCCUGAAGAACUUCAGCUCUCCUUGCAAGGAAGGGUAGGUGAGCGCCUGGCAAGUGAGAGAAGAACAUGCCCUUGCACUGCCAGUCCCAUCUCAAUCUCCCUGGCCCACUUUAAAAGUUUUCCUUCCUUGUUUCCUAAGCUUGGGUAGCUCCAAGCAAGGCUGCCUGUAAGUGUGGAAUAUCUAGUUUCUCAGAGUGCUUCUUUGUCCUUGGGGUCAAUCUCCCCUCCUCAUUGCAGCCUCUUUCCUUGGAGAAGAAAGCACUUGACCCAAAGCCAAGGUUGGCUAUGCAGCUGGGCAUUCUGCAUGCCAUCCUUCCACUAAUGGAGAGCCACUUUAGCUAAGUAGGACACAAGGGGUGAAGAGCAGAGGGAGGAAAAGAGAAGGAAAAAGAGAAAAGGGAAAGAAGAUAGUGGAAGUUGCUGGCCGGUCUGCUUUGGCUGGCACCAUGAGUGGCGGAAGAUUUGAUUUUGAUGAUGGAGGGGCGUAUUGUGGGGGCUGGGAAGGGGGCAAAGCCCACGGACAUGGCAUCUGCACUGGGCCCAAAGGUCAAGGUGAAUACUCCGGCUCUUGGAACUAUGGCUUUGAAGUGGUGGGCGUCUACACCUGGCCCAGCGGCAACACCUACGAAGGCUACUGGUCUCAAGGCAAGAGGCAUGGCUUAGGGAUCGAGACCAAAGGACGGUGGCUUUACAAAGGUGAAUGGACACAUGGCUUCAAGGGAAGGUAUGGGAUAAGGCAGAACAUCAGCAGUGGAGCAAAGUAUGAAGGCACCUGGAACAAUGGACUACAGGACGGUUAUGGUACAGAAACCUACGCGGAUGGAGGUACUUACCAAGGUCAGUUCACCAAUGGCAUGCGGCAUGGUUAUGGCGUCCGCCAGAGUGUCCCGUAUGGCAUUGCGGCUGUUGUCCGCAACCCUCUAAGGACCUCCCUCACCUCUCUCCGUAGUGAGCACAGCAAUGGCACCCUGCUGCAACAUGACUCCCCAACUGCCAACCUGGAAAAUCUUCCCAUGACACCGACUAUCACACGGGGAGGUUUUGCACUCAGCUUGUACGCGGAUGUGGAUGCUGCCAAGCUGAAGAAGGGAGGUCUCUUCCGUCGGAGCUCCUUGUUUGGGAAGCUGAAGAAAGCUGACUCCAAGACUUCCUUGACCAGCCAGAGGAGUCGACUCAGCUUCCUCAAGAGUGAGAGUGGCAUGAGCUCCGCUGGUAGUGAUGCUACUUCCACUGCCAGCCUGGGAGAAGGAGCAGAGGGAGAGGACUUUGCACCAUUUGAUGCCGAUAUUGAUGCCACCACUACAGAGUCCUACAUGGGCGAGUGGAAGAAUGACAAGCGCUCGGGGUUUGGUGUUAGCGAGCGGUCGAGUGGGCUGAAGUACGAGGGCGAAUGGCUAGAUAACGUACGGCAUGGAUACGGUUGCACCACGUUGCCUGAUGGUAAGAAGGAAGAAGGGAAAUACCGAAUGAAUGUCCUGAUCAAAGGCAUGAAGAAGCGGGUGAUACCUCUGAAAAGUGCCAAGAUAAGGCAGAAAGUGGACCGGAGUGUGGAAGGGGCUCAGAGGGCAGCGGCCAUUGCCAGACAGAAAUCUGAGAUUGCAGCUUCUAGGACUGCCCACGCCAAAGCCAAGUCGGAGGGUGCCGAACAAGCAGCAUUGGCAGCUAAUAGCGAAUCCACUUUAGCCAGGUCGAUGGCCAGGGAACUAUCUCCAGACUUCUACCAACCAGGUCCUGAAUACUUGAAGAGGAGGCUGUUCCAGGAACUCAUGGAGAAUGAAGAGAAUUUGGAAGAAGAGGCCCCGCCUAUGGAAGAACCACAUCCACCGGCAUCUCCACAAGGUCCUCAGGUUGAUAAGCAAGAUUCCACCAAAUCCAAGGAGAGUACAGCUCGAACUCCUUCACCACCUGCAACACCACCUCAGGCUAAGCGUGUUAAACAAGGUUCCCAGAAAGAGAGUUUUGUUAGUCCUGGGAGCUGGAAUGGAGAUCACGGUAAGGAAGGAAGUCACAAAGGAAGUAGGCCCAACACUCCUUCUAAUGCUCUGUCAGCACCAGUGGAGAAGUCAGCAAGUGACCUCAGGCUUGCUUCCCAAAGUCCCAGCCGACAUGGCCACACAAAGUCUCCUGCUGAGCAAAUGGAGAUCAAACCUCUUCAGAGGAUACAUCAAGGAGGUGAGGUUGAAUUAAUUAAGGGUUAUCACAGUUACGCUGUGAGAACCUCCCCCGUUACUCCCCCAAUAGACUAUGAGGAAGAAUCAUUCCCUGACUCCAAAUUGCCAGUCGAGCCAGUUUCCCCAGAGCCAAAGGCUGAUGUGAAGGCCAUUGAACAGAAAAUGGAGCCACAAAAGAGGGAAGAUACCCCUGUCUCUCAUCAUGAACCAGCUCACGAAGAGAAAAAAGCACACAAAGUAGAACCCAAGCAUGAACCCAGGCAGCUUCCUCCACCUGAGCACAAAGUAGAAGAGAAAGCGGACGCUGCAACUGAAGGAAAACAUGAGCAAAAAACUGAAACUAAAGUGGUGGCUAAAGUUGAGCCUAAAGCUGUGAUGAAAAAAGUUCCUCCACCAGAACCAGCAGCAAAAGAGGUGGAAGAACAUGAAGAGGGACCUAACACCAUCAUUAUCUUCAUGGUUAUCUUAUUGAACGUUGGCCUGUCCAUCUUGUUUGUGCAUUUUUUGACAUGAUGAGAUGCUAAGAGAAGAAGUUUAUGCUGAUAGACCUUACCAGGGAGAUAAUAACAUCUAAUGAAAACCAUCAGAAAAGGACUUGACUUCGAAGAACCCAGUGGUUUCCCCAGUCAUGGGUGAUCUCGUCUGUCUACAUGAGAAAGUCUGGAGUUUUGCAGCACCUCCUCUUUCCCCCAGUUUUUGUGAACAGGAAUUGCCUUAAAGUUUCAUAACUUUGGAGAAUAAAGUACUGCUGUUUGAAGAAACAAGAACCCACCGAUAAUUGUACAAACUCUAAUGAAUGCCCCAGGCUUUUAUGGGAGACUCAUUUUUAUCGAAAUUGUGAAAGAACACUACAAUUCUAAAUCUUAACAACCAUCAAGAAUAAUGGUUAUAGCUGUGGGUUUAACUUCCUCAUCUAAGCCAAGGUUAUGAUGAAUCAAAUGUUAGGAACAGUCAGGAUGUUUCACCUGCAGUUAGAUUAUUGUAGUUAGAAGUUCAAGCUCUAAAGCAGGCAGCACUUCAUAUCCCAUUCUAGAAUGUAAGUAAAUCUACAGAAGGGCAGGGGGAAAGAUGACCCCCCCAUAUCCUUCUAUCAUGGAUUGUAUUGUUAGGGUUCUUAAAUGUGGUCUGAUAAGUAUUCCCCAGAGGUGGAUCUUUUGCAAUACUGUCCAGGAGAGUAAAUAUAUCUUUUCCAAGGACUUUCCCCCUAAGUGGUUGUAUUGGGGCCUGCAUAUGUAUCAGGCAAUGAAGUUUGUACUUGUUUCAUAGCUAAGCAGUGUUUUGGAGACAGUGCCUUGUUGCAGAUAUCUGCAGACAUUACAACCCCAAAGCCAGACUCACAGUAAGAUCCACUUCAUGCCUUAUGCUUUUUUUCCUGAGCAUUGUGAAGCACAGAGGAUUUGUUGUGAGCGCAGAACCUUAGAAAUCUAAUACAUCAGCCCUGAAUGUGUUUGGAUAUCUUUCUCAUUUCCUUUUUGAACAAGCUAUGGACUUCUGAGACAAUGUCAAAAAGUUUUUUAAGUGCCUUAUUUAAAAGCAACUGUGAAGUUUAAUGUAUACUAACACUCCCCAUUAGUUGCUAGUUAAAAAUGAAAAGCUGAAAGGUAGAAAAUUAGUUGGUUUAAACACCAGACUCCAGAUGUAAAUGCCAAAAGACUUCCAAAAGUGGUGCCCCAGAUACAAAGUAGGUAAACUCAAGAGUAGUGUUUUUGGAUCAGAUUAUCUACAACACAAGAAUUAUUGAAUAAAUUUUAGAAAACAGGAGGGAUGCUAUUUUGUGCCUUUCUACUACCUUUUUAUUUGAAAACAAUUAUAAUCAAUUUGUGUUGUAAAGUGGAGAGGGAGGACUAUGUGACUUUUGCCCAGAAACCCUGUGUUGGAAUAGUCCUCUAGGAAAAAAAAUGUACUAUUUGCAGAAUACCUACAACACAUGGGGUGAUAGCAAUGGUUUGGGGGGUUAUUUUUAUAUUUCUCCUGUUCUGGGUAUAUGUGUAACACCCUGACUGUUACUUGCUUAUGAAACUCAUUUGUCUUCUUGGUUCUCUGCCUGCCAGGUACACAAUGCAAUUGCUUUAUUAACUGUGUAUGUAAUUUGCUUUUCUUUGAGAGACCUAAGUGGCCUUUAUUUAACUUGAAGCACAUUCUGGAAUGCGAUCAGAAAGUCCAUCUCCCACCCCCAAUCUUCAUUCAUACAAAUUGGAUGUGCCCUCCUUGUUGUGCUUUGCUUCUUGCAAUGUGAUGGGAAAAGUAGUAGAUGUGCUUCAUAUGCUAUCUAUAAAUACAUAGACCAGCAUGUAGAGGGCUCAAAAGUGUGCCCAAAGACUUACAUGUAGCCAGAGCAAUUUUUUUUGUGAGGAAAUAUAUUUUCAAACCUGUCAGAAGACAAACUGUUUUUGAAAUGUGCCACUUUCAAAUGCAGCUUGUUAUUUAAGUAUGUGGACAGUAACUGUGAUUCAAACAAAUCAAAACCCUCAUUUAGCAUGAACAGUUUGGACAAUUCUUUGGAUCUUAACUGUAUGUAUUGUAUGUAUAUAUAUAAUAUAUAUAUUUAUGUAUGUCACUCUGUCUUCAAAAAAGGGAGAGAGAAAGAGAGCAACUCUUAAGGCUUGUGCAUGCAUUUGGUCACUAUGGCAUGCCGUAACUCCCAUGUUUACAUAUAGGUAGCCCACAAGCCUACCUCCAGGAAGUAACUAAAAGGGUUUUAGUUAAGCAGGAGCAGAUCAUAUCGUAUGUGCAGCUCCCAAGCAUUUUUGUAUUCCCUGCCCUUUAUUUUUAGAAACCUAAGAACCUCAGACUUCCUUGCUUUUUUUUUGAAAAAAGUAAUGAUUUAACCCUCAUUCUUUCAAAGAUGAGUUUGAAUAUGGCAACAAAAUGCACAAACAAAAUGCCUCACAUCCAGAGUUCCAUAUAAGCUCCUGUACACUCAAGAAACUUCUGUGUGAGAGAGUUUUUCCAUUCACUUCAGUUGAAGGGACACCUCUAUACAUGCCUUUGUGAUCUGUCCCCUCCUUCAAUGUAAAUGGAAGCGGUCUUGCAGGUGGAGGAGCUUCAUAUGUGCUUGGUUGCAUGUGAUGAGCAUCCUUUAUACAGAAUUUCAAAAUAUAGUUAGUCAUGCACAUUCACAAGACCACGGUGAUAGUAAAUAAAAUAAAAUAAGGAAAUUGCUAUAUAUUUUUUUACAUGAGAGAGCAUCUCUCUAGGAAUUUAUAGAUCUCUUUGCCCCAAUGGUAUGGUGGUCAGCUUUCUCUGGAAGGUGACCACAGAGUUGCCCUGGAGGACCUAGAGUUUUCCAGAGAGAACAUUUUAAAUCAAAUCCAUGAAUAAUCAAACCCACAAAAGUCAAACAUGAAGGGACAACUAUUCUCCAAAAUCCAUAGUUCUCUACACAAGAAGCUAAGGCACCUUUGCUUUCAGAUGGUUCAAUACACAAAGUUAUUACAAAUAUUGUUUAAAAUUACCUUCCAACUACAAUAUAUGUAUAAAGUAAAAUGUAAGUGGAUUCCAUACUUAGAUUUAGGUCCAAUCUCAAUGAUAUCCCAUUAUGUAUGUAUAUGCAAAUACAGGUUGUCCAAAAUCUGUAAUCAAAAUAAAUGUUGGCCCCAAGCAUUUUGGAUAAGAGAUGCUCAGCCUUCGCCUGUGUUCCCAGGAAGCCAGUGAGUCAGGUGCAAAUGUGUGCACAAGCCUUGUGGGAUUUUGGUUCCUAAGUUGAGCAGGGACAGGUUUACCUCAACUUUGCAUGCCUUCAAAAUAGUAUUUUGUUGUUAAUUUUUAUCCAGGUCUUACAAAAUUACAAAUGCAUCACCACCAGCAACACACUUUAAUGGCAAGUUUUAAAAAAUAAAAUGUGUAUGACAUUUUACGUAAUAUUCUCCAGGAAUGUCCACCAGUUUUUCUGCUGGAUUAUGUGCAAUAAUAAAAGCUUAUUUUACCCACCUUA